AUGUAAGGAAACAAAUAAGUCAAUAAAGGUUGAAGAGAGAGAGAGAUGGAUUAGUUUCCUUUUCCUCUUCCUCACUCUGCAAAUCACACACCAAUUCAUAUCCACUUGUUUUUAUAUCUCCUCAAUCAUUCUCUCUUCUCUCUCUCUCUCUCUCUCUCCUUCUUCACAAACUCCAUUAUAGUAGCAGUAAAGCUCACAUCUCCUUCCUCCUCUUAGUUAGAUUAGAUCUCCUUUCUACAGUCACUGCUUCUCUUUGAUUCUUCCUUCAAAUCAAAAAGCUUCACUCAGAUUAUGCAGGAUUCGAUGUCAAGACUCGGAAUUCUCUUUGGGUUUCUUUAAAAAUCACAUCUUUAGUUUAAAAAAGCGUUUUUUUUUUUUAACUGUUGAGAAGCUUAAAGGAGAUACUUAUAUGGAGCUUCGCACGAAUCAGAAUUCUGCGGCGGAGUCGACCCUUCAGCUUAAUUCCGGUGAUAAACCGUCGCCGGGAUCAAUUCCUUUUGUCGGAGCUAUGUCAACGACGACUUCGAGUUCUACGUCUAAUUCAACAAGCACGAGCUCGGGCACUGCUCUCGCCGUAGUUAAAUCCGCCGUGAAAAAGCCGUCUAAAGAUCGCCACACUAAAGUCGAUGGCCGUGGCCGGCGAAUUCGUAUGCCGGCGAUGUGCGCCGCUAGAGUUUUUCAGUUGACAAGAGAGUUGGGACACAAAUCCGAUGGAGAAACCAUCGAGUGGCUUCUCCAACAAGCUGAGCCAGCUAUCAUCGCUUCUACUGGCACCGGUACGAUUCCGGCGAAUUUCUCAACGCUUAACGCCUCCUUGCGCGGUGGUGGCUCUACCCUCUUUUCUCAGUCGUCAAAGUCUGCUUCUUCGCCGCUCUCGUUUCAUAGCACAGGGAUGUCUCUGUAUGAGGACAGUAACGGUACUAACGGUUCAUCGGUUGAUCCUUCUAGGAAGUUACUUAAUUCCGCUGCUGCAGCAGCCGCUCAGCAGAACGCAGCUGCUGUUUUCGGGUUUCAUCAUCAGAUGUAUCCGCCUAUAAUGUCCACGGAGAGAGCUCCGACUAAUUUAGUGAAACCUCCGUAUAGAGAAGAUUACUUCAAGGAGCCUAGUUCUGGAGCAGAACCAAGUGGGAGUUCUCAGAAACAGGGUCAGUUCCAGGAUCAAGAAUUAGGUCCUGGUCGUGCCACGGCUAAUGUGGUGCCUCAACCUAUGUGGGCGGUUGCGCCAGGGACUACAAACGGAGGAAGUGCGUUCUGGAUGCUUCCGAUGAGCGGUUCGGGUGGGCGGGAGCAGAUGCAGCAGCAGCCGGCUCACCAAAUGUGGGCAUUCAAUCCGGGGAAUUAUCCGGUUGGGUCAGGAAGAGUUGUAACUGCACCAAUGGGGUCAAUGAUGUUGGGAGGCCAACAGCUAGGAUUAGGAGUGGCAGAGAGCAACAUGGCGGCUACAAUGCGUGGUAGUAGAGGCGACGGUUUGGCCAUGACUCUAGAUCAACAUCAACACCAGCACCAACAUCAAGAGCCCAACCAAACUCAAACUAGUGAAAACGGUGGUGAUGACAAAAAGUGAUACAACCACCCUCUUGAUCAUUCUAAUGACAGGCCACACUCGCGUUUAAAGAUUCGCGAUCUGCGGUUUGGCGAUUAGCAACUCCAGUCGUAAAACAGGUUUUGGCGGUUAAAUGCUGCCAUGGCUAAAUGAAAGAUAUGAUGAAAACAGAUGUGGUUUCUAAGCUUUUGAACAUAUUUGUCACAUCAUUUGUGGGGUUUUUGUGUGUGUGUUUCUGGCUUUCAUCUUUUCUUUUGAUUGUGAGUUUGAUUAAUAGAUAUGUGAAUAUGUUGGUCUUUCUUGAUUUUUGGGAGAUCUUUCUACGAUUCA